AUGGCAUCGAUGGAAGAAUAUCCGCCCAGAGUGCAGCUACCAGAGACUGCGUUGCAAUUGGGCAAGAACCUGUAUCCUGAGCCUUUACAUUUCAAGACCAUGGAACGCCUGGUCCAGUUCCGAAGAGCGGCCGACUAUAUAUCCGCUGCUAUGAUAUUUCUCCGAGACAAUGUUCUUCUUGAACGCGACCUUACUCAUGACGACAUCAAACACAACAUUGCAGGCUACUGGGGAAUAUCUCCAGGCAUCACCUUGCUCUACGCGCACCUUAACCUGGUCAUUCAGAAGUACGAUCAACAAAUGAUAUGCCUGAUUGGACCCAAUGAAGGUGUUCCUGCUGUUCUGUCGUGUUUGUGGUUAGAGGGCUCUUUGGAACGCUUCUAUCCGCAAUAUAGCAGAGACCGAAAAGGCCUUCAUAACCUCAUCUCUGGGUUCGGUGUUCCUGGAGGUUUCCCAAGGCAUCUCAAUGCUCAAAUCCCCGGCUCCAUCCACGAAAAUGAGGAUCUCGGCCAUGUCUUGUCUAUGGCAUACGGCACCGUCAUGGACAAACCUGACUUGAUUACCGUUGCCGUCAUUGGAGACGGCGAGGCCGAAACAGGUCCAACCGCAACGGCAUGGCAUAUGUGCCGAUAUAUCGAUCCCAAGUCGUCGGGGGCGGUGAUACCCGUUCUCUAUUUAAAUUGUUACAAUAGCUAUGGCAAGACCAUUCUUGGUUCCAUGGAGAACUCUGAGCUCUGUUGCCUGUUUUCCGGCUACGGGUAUCAGCCCUACAUUGUCGAUGAUAUGCAGGAUAUUGAUCGAGAGCUGAGCAUGGCCUUGUCCUGGGCCAUUGAGACGAUCCGAGAGAUCCAGCUCGCCGCAAAAUCCGGCGACAGGACUCUAAAACCCAGAUGGCCCAUGAUCAUCCUCAGAAUUCCCAGAGGUUGGGAUUAUCCUCAGCUCAGUGGAAGUGAGAAGCUCGCCGCUUCCCUCAACGGUCAUCGAGCCCUUCUACCGCAAGCCAAGUUCAAUGAAACGCAGCUGCGCCAUCUUCAAACCUGGCUUGCCUCCUACAAACCUGCUGAGGUCCUUCCUGAUGGGACAGUGCCAGAAUCCAUCGAGCUCAUAUUUCCAGCCGAUGACAAACUCAAAUUAGGACAGAACAGAACGACUUGGGAUUCAGCACAUCGUCUCGACGUGCCCGAGUGGAGACACUUUGCGGCGGCGAAGGGCCAAGACCAUAGCUGCUUGGCAGCUGCGACAACCUAUCUGGACGCGGCAUUAACCCUUAACAAAGAUUCGUUGCGCAUAUUUUCUCCAGACGGUGUGGUGAGUUCCGAUCUGCUGGACAGGCUUCCUGACCGAACAUUGCGAUCCUUCCGCUGGGACGGCGACAACGUGAACCAGAGCGGACAGGUGGUGGAAUUCAUGUCUGAGCAUACUUGCCAAGGACUGCUUCAAGGCUACACCAUGACAGGCCGAACCGGCAUAUUCGCCGCGGAAGAGAGCCUGUUUCCGGUGAUCGCGACAAUGGUGACCCAGUACAGCAAGUUUCUAAGGAUGCUGAAAGACACGCGGUGGCGAAAAGAUGUCAGCAGCCUGAACUAUAUCUCGACCGGCACCUGGACACGCCCCGACACGAACGGGCUGUCGCAUCAGAAUCCAAGCUUCAUCGGCACUGUUCUCAACCUGAAAUCGGCGAUCGGAAGAGUCUAUCUGCCACCCGACGCAAACACCUUCCUCUCCACAGUCGCCCAUUGCUUACGGUCGAAGAACUAUAUCAAUCUGAUCAUCUCCUCGGGCCAUUCGGCCCCGACCUGGCUCACACCAGACCAAGCUGACAUGCACACGCGGGCUGGAGGCGGCGUGUGGAAGUUCGCCAGUACCAACGACGGCAUCGACCCCGACGUCGUGCUGGUGGGCGUGGGAGCGGAUAUGACGUUCGAGGUGAUUGCCGCUACCGCUUACUUGCGGCAACUGGUGCCUUCGCUGAGGGUGCGUGUGGUCAAUGUCACGGAUCUCAUGAUCCUCGGCCAUGAAGGGUCUCAUCCGCACGCACUGAGCCAGACCGACUUCGACACACUGUUUACGCCCGACAGGACCAUCCACUUCAAUUACCACGGAUACGCCAACGAGCUGCAGGGACUAUUGUUCGGCCGACCCAACCUCGAUCGGAUCACGAUUUCCAGCUUCCAGAAUGAAUGUACCGCCACAACCGCAUUCGGCACUCUCCUGAAGAAUGGCUGCAGCCGGUAUGAUGUCGCGGAGGCGGCCGUCCGAGGAGCCGCCAGAUGCAAUCCUCAUGUUGCUGUUGACAUGCAAAAGCUGGUGGCGCACAUACGGCAUGCAAAGGUCAAAGUGGAACAAUUCAUCUACAAAAAUGGCGUCGAUCCGGAAGGAACGUUCAGUGCGCCCAAACUCUCGAGGAGCCACGGUCAACGUUCUUUAGAUGGGGGAGAGGAUAGGGAAUCACACGAUCGGAUACUGCAUCUUCCGAAGGGCAAUCUGUUGUAG